AUUUUGAGGAACAUGCAAAGUAAGCCCGACCAGUUACAGGUUCAGACAGCAGAGAAAAAAGAACUUUUCAUACGACUACCCUUCAAGGGAGACGCCGCUGCUGAGCGUGUAACUAGAAGCCUUUCAACAGCUGUCAAGUCAACUUUUCCAGCAGCCAAACUUAGGUGUACCUUUUCCACGGAGCCACUCAUCCGUAUUUACAACAAAGACAAGUUACCGACGCUGACCGCUUCUAUGGUAAUUUAUCAGUUCAAGUGCGCUUGUGGCGCUACUUACAUCGGUCGAACGGCGCGGCAACUUUCGAAACGCAUUAAGGAGCACCUACCACGUUGGUUGCGUCGAGGUGGUACUGGAGCUAUAACUAGCUCAGUUAUGGCUCAUCUGGUUGAUAGUGGGCAUGAGGUUGACCCAGUCAGUGCCUUUCGAAUACUGUACAGGGUCCCUCCACUCCAGUCGAAAGGCCUGCGCCUCCGGACCCUUGCUACUGCCGAGGCGAUCAGCAUUCGGUUGUACCAACCUCUUUUGUGUGCACAAAAGAAGCUGAUCGAAGCUGUUCAGCUACCUUGGCCAGCCAAAACGGAUCCUUCGGACAGCAACUGCAAUUGUGCAACGGUACCUCAGACCUAGUUUGCUGUUUGUUACUGGUUCAUGCCUUUGAUCGACACGUGAUCUAUCUCAUUUGAACUGAUCGUUAAUCCCCUUGUACUUUCCUAUUGCGAUUUCAACCAUAUGAUUGUACAGGUCUGAAGAUGAAUCAUCGAAAACAAUUGUUCACCCUCGGUCUUUCGUUCUUGAUAAUGAAAUGGGAAUUUUCCACUUACUGAAAUCGUCCAAGCCGCCCUCAGUGGUGAGGGAACUAAAUCAGUUCCUUAAGUUCUCCACUAGGCUUGCGGAGGCUAAAACUUGUGUACAAUUCUUCGAUGAUUGCAUUGAAGGCAACGAAUAUCCUAGCAGAUUUUGGAAGCAAUUGCGCCGCAGUCGUAUCUACCCGAAUGCCAAAACGCUUAGACGUCAUACUUUGAAUCAGCGUGACACGGUGCAAUGCAGGAUUCCCGAAUUCGAACGCAAUAUGGCGCAACGUCAACAUGUGAUUGACGAGUUAGCGUUGGACAUGAAACAAUCAUUCCUGGAUUACGUUCAGUCUGUCACCGCAAACCGUGUACGACAAAGGCAUUUGGCCCUAACAAAGACGUUGAAUCAGCAUAAGCCGCAAUCCACUUUCCCUAAUAGACCUGAGAGAUACGUGCACAAUUUCUCAAGUAUGAAAUUGAACUCCACUUUAAUGGAAGUUCUAUCGCUUGGUCCAAAGUUUUGCGCUCCCAAACACAAAGACAAUCAGCUUCACUAUGAGUUACAGUUUGAAAGCCUGUUUGGCCAAACAAAAGGGCUAGUAGCUAAGUCAAAUGAAGACCUGGAACGCUUUAAGUGUUCUUUAGUGAACACCUGCUACCAGUAUCGCAAGUGCCAUGUCCACACUCACGGUCCACUGACACGCAAGCACCUUGACGCGCUGAAGGAUUUACGACGCAAUGGUAAGAUCGUUCUGAGCAGACCGGACAAGGGUACUGGAGUCGUUCUGUUGGAUAAAGAAGACUAUAUAAACAAGCUCGAAAAGGUUCUGAGUGACGAAUCGAAAUUUUCCCGAAUGAUUGGAGAAAAGGACCAGACAGAGAGGAUUGAAAACCAAAUUAUUAAAAGCUUGCGAGAUCUUCGGAAUAAUGGACAUAUAUCAAAUACACUUUAUGAUAGCCUGAAGCCGAGUGGCACGAAUGUCCCGAGACUUUAUGGGUUACCAAAAAUUCAUAAGACAGGUGUCCCGCUUCGCCCGAUCUUAUCAAUGGUUAAUUCACCCUACCAUGCCGUCGCCCAAUGGCUUGUGGAAAUUCUAGAGCCAGUAAGACAGCGACUUACACACUACAGCCUUCGUGACACCUUUCAUUUCAUCGAAAGCAUCAAAGAUCGCAACAUUGAUAAGAAAGUAAUGUUUUCCUUGGAUGUUGUAUCGCUUUUCACCAACGUGCCACUUUUCGAGACGAUCGAUUAUCUUUGUUCCUACAUAGAAGAAACAAAAGCAAGUAUAUGCAUACCGUUGCGUGACUUGAAAAGCCUUCUUUUGCGUUGCACUUGGAACGUACAGUUCUUAUUCAAUGGCACUUACUACCGACAAAAGGAUGGUGUAGCUAUGGGAUCGCCAUUGGGUCCGUUGUUAGCUGAUGUCUUCAUGGCGAAAUUAGAGAAUACCAAGUUACAUGAGGAGAUCACAGCCUUUGAAUGUUACCACCGCUAUAUGGACGACAUAUUUGUCGUGGCCGACCAGUCUGUUGAUCUUGACGCUGUUAUUGACCGCUUUAAUCGGGCCCACGGAUCAUUGCAGUUCACGUACGAAAAGGAAUUGAACGAUCAGUUGCCGUUUCUUGAUGUGCUGUUAACUAGAAGGGCAGACGGCUCGAUCCAACGGCAAGUCUACAGGAAGAAAACCUGGAGUGGACAGUAUACGAACUUUCACAGUUUCGUUCCGUUGAGAUAUAAGCGAAACCUAAUUCGCUGUCUAACCACAAGGGCCCACAGGAUCUGUUCUGAAGACAAGUUGGAUAAUGAGUUGACGCUCAUUCAGAAUUUGCUGCGCGAAAACGGAUAUCCUGAUCGUUUCAUUUUGAGGAACAUGCAAAGUAAGCCCGACCAGUUACAGGUUCAGACAGCAGAGAAAAAAGAACUUUUCAUACGACUACCCUUCAAGGGAGACGCCGCUGCUGAGCGUGUAACUAGAAGCCUUUCAACAGCUGUCAAGUCAACUUUUCCAGCAGCCAAACUUAGGUGUACCUUUUCCACGGAGCCACUCAUCCGUAUUUACAACAAAGACAAGUUACCGACGCUGACCGCUUCUAUGGUAAUUUAUCAGUUCAAGUGCGCUUGUGGCGCUACUUACAUCGGUCGAACGGCGCGGCAACUUUCGAAACGCAUUAAGGAGCACCUACCACGUUGGUUGCGUCGAGGUGGUACUGGAGCUAUAACUAGCUCAGUUAUGGCUCAUCUGGUUGAUAGUGGGCAUGAGGUUGACCCAGUCAGUGCCUUUCGAAUACUGUACAGGGUCCCUCCACUCCAGUCGAAAGGCCUGCGCCUCCGGACCCUUGCUACUGCCGAGGCGAUCAGCAUUCGGUUGUACCAACCUCUUUUGUGUGCACAAAAGAAGCUGAUCGAAGCUGUUCAGCUACCUUGGCCAGCCAAAACGGAUCCUUCGGACAGCAACUGCAAUUGUGCAACGGUACCUCAGACCUAGUUUGCUGUUUGUUACUGGUUCAUGCCUUUGAUCGACACGUGAUCUAUCUCAUUUGAACUGAUCGUUAAUCCCCUUGUACUUUCCUACUGCGAUUUCAACCAUAUGAUUGUACAGGUCUGAAGAUGAAUCAUCGAAAACAAUUGUUCACCCUCGGUCUUUCGUUCUUGAUAAUGAAAUGGGAAUUUUCCACUUACUGAAAUCGUCCAAGCCGCCCUCAGUGGUGAGGGAACUAAAUCAGUUCCUUAAGUUCUCCACUAGGCUUGCGGAGGCUAAAACUUGUGUACAAUUCUUCGAUGAUUGCAUUGAAGGCAACGAAUAUCCUAGCAGAUUUUGGAAGCAAUUGCGCCGCAGUCGUAUCUACCCGAAUGCCAAAACGCUUAGACGUCAUACUUUGAAUCAGCGUGACACGGUGCAAUGCAAGAUUCCCGAAUUCGAACGCAAUAUAGCGCAACGUCAACAUGUGAUUGACGAGUUAGCGUUGGACAUGAAACAAUCAUUCCUGGAUUACGUUCAGUCUGUCACCGCAAACCGUGUACGACAAAGGCAUUUGGCCCUAACAAAGACGUUGAAUCAGCAUAAGCCGCAAUCCACUUUCCCUAAUAGACCUGAGAGAUACGUGCACAAUUUCUCAAGUAUGAAAUUGAACUCCACUUUAAUGGAAGUUCUAUCGCUUGGUCCAAAGUUUUGCGCUCCCAAACACAAAGACAAUCAGCUUCACUAUGAGUUACAGUUUGAAAGCCUGUUUGGCCAAACAAAAGGGCUAGUAGCUAAGUCAAAUGAAGACCUGGAACGCAUUAAGUGUUCUUUAGUGAACACCUGCUACCAGUAUCGCAAGUGCCAUGUCCACACUCACGGUCCACUGACACGCAAGCACCUUGACGCGCUGAAGGAUUUACGACGCAAUGGUAAGAUCGUUCUGAGCAGACCGGACAAGGGUACUGGAGUCGUUCUGUUGGAUAAAGAAGACUAUAUAAACAAGCUCGAAAAGGUUCUGAGUGACGAAUCGAAAUUUUCCCCAAUGAUUGGAGAAAAGGACCAGACAGAGAGGAUUGAAAACCAAAUUAUUAAAAGCUUGCGAGAUUUUCGGAAUAAUGGACAUAUAUCAAAUACACUUUAUGAUAGCCUGAAGCCGAGUGGCACGAAUGUCCCGAGACUUUAUGGGUUACCAAAAAUUCAUAAGACAGGUGUCCCGCUUCGCCCGAUCUUAUCAAUGGUUAAUUCACCCUACCAUGCCGUCGCCCAAUGGCUUGUGGAAAUUCUAGAGCCAGUAAGACAGCGACUUACACACUACAGCCUUCGUGACACCUUUCAUUUCAUCGAAAGCAUCAAAGAUCGCAACAUUGAUAAGAAAGUAAUGUUUCCCUUGGAUGUUGUAUCGCUUUUCACCAACGUGCCACUUUUCGAGACGAUCGAUUACCUUUGUUCCUACAUAGAAGAAACAAAAGCAAGUAUAUGCAUACCGUUGCGUGACUUGAAAAGCCUUCUUUUGCGUUGCACUUGGAACGUACAGUUCUUAUUCAAUGGCACUUACUACCGACAAAAGGAUGGUGUAGCUAUGGGAUCGCCAUUGGGUCCGUUGUUAGCUGAUGUCUUCAUGGCGAAAUUAGAGAAUACCAAGUUACAUGAGGAGAUCACGGCCUUUGAAUGUUACCACCGCUAUAUGGACGACAUAUUUGUCGUGGCCGACCAGUCUGUUGAUCUUGACGCUGUUAUUGACCGCUUUAAUCGGGCCCACGGAUCAUUGCAGUUCACCUACGAAAAGGAAUUGAACGAUCAGUUGCCGUUUCUUGAUGUGCUGUUAACUAGAAGGGCAGACGGCUCGAUCCAACGGCAAGUCUACAGGAAGAAAACCUGGAGUGGACAGUAUACGAACUUUCACAGUUUCGUUCCGUUGAGAUAUAAGCGAAACCUAAUUCGCUGUCUAACCACAAGGGCCCACAGGAUCUGUUCUGAAGACAAGUUGGAUAAUGAGUUGACGCUCAUUCAGAAUUUGCUGCGCGAAAACGGAUAUCCUGAUCGUUUCAUUUUGAGGAACAUGCAAAGUAAGCCCGACCAGUUACAGGUUCAGACAGCAGAGAAAAAAGAACUUUUCAUACGACUACCCUUCAAGGGAGACGCCGCUGCUGAGCGUGUAACUAGAAGCCUUUCAACAGCUGUCAAGUCAACUUUUCCAGCAGCCAAACUUAGGUGUACCUUUUCCACGGAGCCACUCAUCCGUAUUUACAACAAAGACAAGUUACCGACGCUGACCGCUUCUAUGGUAAUUUAUCAGUUCAAGUGCGCUUGUGGCGCUACUUACAUCGGUCGAACGGCGCGGCAACUUUCGAAACGCAUUAAGGAGCACCUGCCACGUUGGUUGCGUCGAGGUGGUACUGGAGCUAUAACUAGCUCAGUUAUGGCUCAUCUGGUUGAUAGUGGGCAUGAGGUUGACCCAGUCAGUGCCUUUCGAAUACUGUACAGGGUCCCUCCACUCCAGUCGAAAGGCCUGCGCCUCCGGACCCUUGCUACUGCCGAGGCGAUCAGCAUUCGGUUGUACCAACCUCUUUUGUGUGCACA